AAAAAAGGCCGCUCAGCCGUCGGCCCACUCCACGCCGGGGUUUAUCCCUACACAUUUCUCCACCCCACCCGCUCCUCGCCUCCCCCCUCCGAACCCUAGCCUUCUUCCUCUCCUCCUUCUCCCCGCCGCCGCCGCCGCCGAGCGCGCAGACGCAGCCAUGUCCGGGAGGAAGAAGACGCGGGAACCCAAGGAGGAGAACGUGACGCUCGGCCCCGCCGUCCGCGAGGGCGAGUACGUCUUCGGCGUCGCGCGCAUCUUCGCCUCCUUCAACGAUACCUUCAUCCAUGUCACGGAUCUGUCCGGGAGGGAGACGCUCGUCCGCAUCACUGGUGGGAUGAAGGUCAAAGCUGACCGUGAUGAGUCAUCCCCCUAUGCAGCCAUGCUUGCAGCCCAGGAUGUUGCACAAAGAUGCAAGGAGCUUGGAAUUACUGCUCUGCAUAUUAAGCUCCGCGCUACAGGUGGAAACAAAACAAAAACUCCAGGUCCUGGUGCUCAAUCUGCUCUUAGAGCUCUUGCCCGUUCUGGGAUGAAGAUUGGACGUAUUGAGGACGUGACUCCAGUUCCGACUGACAGCACUCGUAGAAAGGGUGGUAGAAGAGGAAGGAGGCUGUGAUUUCUGUCAUUUUCGCUGUUUGAGAAAUACCGAUAUCAAACCUGGUUGUGCAACUUGUAUCUUGUUUAUGAUGUUAGCAUCGGAUUUCGUGGAUUUAUAAAUUUUGAGCUAUGUUGUGUUGUCGUUAUAGCAUGGAUGGCCUGUUUUUCUUCUUGACAAA